AACCGUGUCAUCUUUGAUUCUAGAAAAUGCAUUGUAGAACGCUUGUGUGACAAUAAGACUAUUCUUUGUGGUAGUAGAGUAGAUAACAUUUACAUGUUUGAUCUUGAAAAUUCCCCGUCUACUUUAGCUAAGUGUCUCAUUACCAAAGAGGAAGAAACGUGGCUAUGGCAUCGUCGGAUAGCUCACGUUAAUAUGGACCAUCUUAAUAAGUUGGUUUCAAAAGACUUAGUAAUUGGUGUUCCUAAACUUAAGUUUGAGAAGAAUCUAAUUUGUGAUGCAUGUCAAAAGGGGAAGCAAGUUCUUAUGAUGAUGAUGAAGAAAUCGUUAAGGAAAAGGAAGCGGAAGAAGAGAAAACGCAGGAACAAACGGAGCUUCCUAAGGAAUGGAGAACAUUGAAGAACCACCCGAUUGAUAAUGUCAUUGGUGACAUAACGCAGGGAGUUUCUACUCGUAAUUCUCUUAGGAACACAAUUAAUCACAUGGCCUUUGUUUCUCAAAUUGAACCAACAACCGUUUUGGAUGCUAUUAAUGAUGAACAUUGGUCUAUGGCAAUGCAAGAGGAGCUUAACCAAUUUAAACACAAUGAUGUUUGGGAAUUGGUGCCUAGACCUAAUGAUCAUUCCGUUAUUGGCACAAAAUGGGUGUUUCGUAACAAACUCGAUGAAAAUGG